AUGACAUUUGCUGACCUUAUGGAGACGGUAGUGGAGAUGAAGGACUGCUUCGAUAUCAACAUGGUAGCUGUGAUCUUGUGGAUGAUUUGGGAAUGUAGAAAUUCUGACUGCGUGGGGGGCUGCUCUACUGACCUUCGAACCAUUCGUGUUAAGGCUUCGACCUUUCUCCAUGAUUUUUCCUCGGUUCAGAUUCCUCGACAGGUGCAGCUCUCAGUUUCUGGCAACAACUCUAGGUGGAUUCCCCCUAAUCCUUUGACAUAUAAGGUGAAUUUUGACUGGGCAAUUUUUAAGGAAUUGGGUGCUGCUGGUUUAGGUAUGGUUAUCCGAGACUCUGAAGAUUCAGUUAUUGGCGCCUUGGCUGAAAGAAUAUCUUUGCCAUGUUCAGUUGCUAAGGUGGAAGCCUUAGCGUGUAGAAGAGCAAUCUUAAUUAUUCGCGAAGGAGAUGAUGAUUUUUUGAAGCCACUGUCGAGGGGGAUGCUGAGAUUGUCAUCUCGACUCUUAAAGAUGGUAGGACUAGCAACUCUAAAUUUGGCCAUAUUAUCUAGGAUUCCCUUGUGUUAG